CAGCACCACAGUGAACAGUGCCGUCUGCCCCGAGCCAGAGUGGUGACAACUCUGUCACCUUGCCCCAGCACAGUGCAGCAGCCAACAAGCUGCACCACAGUGAACAGUGCCGUCUGCCCUGAGCCAGAGUGGUGACAACUCUGUCACCUUGCCCCGGCACAGUGCAGCAGCCAACAAGCAGCACCACAGUGAACAGUGCUGUCUGCCCCGAGCCAGAGUGGUGACAACUCUGUCACCUUGCCCCGGCACAGUGCAGCAGCGGUGACUGGGGCAGCCACAACAGACCAUCACCAGGAUUAUCAAGGAGACGCUGUGUGAAGGUUUGUCACGUCUCCCUGCGCUCCACAAGAAACCCGGCCCAGCAGAGACCACUGGUGCAGACUGCCGGCCUGGGAGCUGUGAUGGACGGAGCUUGUUAGGUUUGCUGCCCCGAGGGAAAGGAAGGCAGAAUAUGUAGCUGGGCAAGGCGUGCACACCAGGAACACUCCAGUGGUGUUUGUCAAGCCUUGUAUUGGUGGCCAGUGGCCGGGUUUGCCCGUGACCCGUGCACCCAUUUCCUGGACCAGCGGGGUGAACACCACUUCCGGGAGCCCCAGGGACCCCCUCCCCCGCGGGGCGACGCACGGGACUCAAGUGAUGGUGAUGACACUGACAACAAGGAGCAUGUCCUCCUAGAGUGACCUCAAGCUGGUACUGGCCACAGAGAUCACUUUGUCGCACUCCACUUUGGGUCGUGUUCCUGAUGUAUCUGUGGAGCAUAGACAUUGAUGCAGUGCUGGUGGCCAUGUCCUGCUUUGCCCUGCUGUGUGAGGAAGCAGACAUCCGCUGCGUUUGGGACGAGGUCACUGCUACCGUCACCUACCUGCUGCCCAACUACCAUGUCUACCAGGAGCUUGCCGCGGCCUCUACCAUACUCACGACUGCCACUCUGGAGUCAAGAAUAUACAGUCAACAGCAACAAAGCCGCGCUGCCCUCCAGAAGCGCAUCAUGGCACUGCUGCGCAAGAUUGAACGCUGGACCCCAGGCUGCCUGCAGGCGUGGGAGGACACCUUCAUCAACUGGGAGUCCUCCACCAAGAUGCUCGUGUCCUACCCCAAGGCUAAGCUGGAGGAGGGGCAGAUAUCCGAUAGCUUCCACCGCACCGUUUGCAAGCGCCGGCCCUCUCACCAAAGCACCGAGCACGAGAUGGAGGUACUGGGGGGCUGGGCCGCAAGCCAGUCAGCCCUUCCCUUCACCAACCAGGAGAUGCAGUACUGCCCCGUGACACAGUUCGUGGGUCACCUCCUGAAGCUGCUGGUUUGCCACAAUGAGAAGUUCGGCACCCAGAUCCAGAAACACGUCAAGGAGCUGGUUGGCCACGAAAUGUCACCCCUCCUCUACCCCAUCCUCUUUGACCAGACCAAGGUUAUCGUGGACAAGUUCUUCGACCAGCAGGGGCAGGUCAUAGUGAGUGACGUCAACACACAGUUCAUCGAGCACAUCAUCUUCAUCAUGAAAAAUGUAUUGGAGAACAAGACUGACCACCCCUCAGAGCACCUCGGGGUCACCUCCAUUGAACCCAUGAUGCUGGCCAUUGUCAGGUAUGUGCGUCACCUGGACAUCACGGUGUACACGCUGCACAUCAAGACCAAGCUGUGUCAGUUGGUGGAGGUCAUGAUGCAGCGCCGGGAUGACCUCGCCUUCAGACAGGAGAUGAAGUUCCGCAACAAGAUGGUGGACUACCUCACGGACUGGGUCAUGGGCAACUCACACCAGAUAGCGCCCUCGGGGACCAUCGACGUGGCCUCCGUGUCAAAGUGA